AUGACGAAGUUCCGGAAACUGGGUCGACCCACCGGUCACCGAAUGUCCAUGCUCAGAACCAUGGUUUCCCAGCUUAUCAAGCACGAGCGCAUCGAAACCACUGUUGCCAAGGCUAAAGAGGUUCGCAGACUCGCUGACAACAUGGUUCAGCUCGGCAAGGAGGGUUCUUUGUGUGCUGCAAGGCGCGCUGGUGCUUUUGUGAGAGGAGAUGAUGUCCUUCACAAACUCUUUACUGAGCUAUCUUAUCGUUACAAGGAUAGAGAAGGUGGAUACACCAGAGUGCUAAGGACUCGUAUUCGAGUUGGUGAUGCUGCACCACUCGCCUAUAUUGAGUUUGUUGACCGGGAAAAUGAGCUUAGACAGUCGAAGCCACCAACACCACAACCACCACAGAGAGCUGCUGUUGAUCCCUGGACGAGAUCUCGUCUCACUAGGCAGUUUGCACCUCCUAAAGAGGAAAAACCAGAAUCUGGAUUAUGAUGCGGUUCAAUUCAAUGUAAUGCAAGUACUUCUAUUUUUAUUGUGAUAUCUGAUUUUUUUUUCAUGCUUCGUUUUUGCUUGUUCCCCACAAGGCCACAAUGAUUUUCAAAUCAAGCUGUUCCCCCAUAGUGCCCCUUAUGCUAGAAGUUUUUCCUUAGCAUAUGUAAUAAUUAGAUUGAAAUUGUUGCAAGGUAAUGAAAAAAUCUCAGAUUAUUUUACAACUUCUA